AUGCGUGGGCAGUUUUGCUUGUUUACCGUCCUAUGUUGGCUGCGUGGAAGCGCCGUCGACAUUGACCAGUGCGAGGAGGUUUCAAGGCCUGCGGGCACCGGCCUGCUCCAGGCCAAGUCACACCUGGACCCCAGCCGGCUGCAAGAGGUUGAGUCGGAGUCGGACCUUGCGAUCCUGGGCGAGAGCUGGCAAGGUGCCUUGCAACUUCAGGAGCUUGGUGCUAACAACAGCCUCAACCGACUCGCUGCUCAGUGCCGAAAGGACAAGGCCCGCAAGGCUAAGGCGCAGGUUCCCAGGGUGCCGCUGGAGGUGGCCCAGCAGCUCCGGGAAGUCGCAAGGGCGGACGUGAUCCGAGUCAGAGACGGCGAUCCCUGUCCGGGAGAGAUCACGCUGUGGCAGUUCUUUCACAACGAAACCAGCACAAGCUGCUGCCCCAGCAACUCCACGGAUUGCGCAGGUUGCGCAAUGUUCUCGGCCGGGAAAUGCCAGAAGUGCGAGGAUGGUUAUCUCCGUCAAAACGGUACAUGUGUGGCAUGCCUCAGCACCAUCGACUGGGUCAACGAGAAGGGGGAAUCUUGCGACCGGAUCAAGGAGGAGGACUGCAACGACAGGCCCGUGAACGGUCAGAGCAGCAAGCAGGCUUGCUGCAACUGCAACGGUGGGCACAAGAGCCCAACGCCAUUCAAGUAUGCGGACAAGCGAUUUGCCGUAGGUGUUCCCAUCUAUUUGGAGCCGUUGCCCCGAACGGCCACGAGGUAUUCAGUGAAUGGCGAGUGUAACUUGGCUGCCUACAACUUGACGCUCGAUGGUAGCACUGGUAUGAUUUCCUACCAGGGAUCCAUGGCUCCCCCCGUCAAGGCCUUUUCUGUGCAGUGCGAGGUCACGGCACACGAGGGAGUCGGUCUUUCGGAGACGGUGAAGGUGUCGGUGACUGCUGAACACAUGACGUACUCGUCUGCUGUUCUUGUCUUCUCCCAGAAGACGUCAUCCUACCCCGUCGCGUCUUCGGGCACACUGCAGGAUUUCAGUAUGGUGUGUGCGCCGGAACAGCCGUGGCUCUCCGUCGAUGCCUCCGGCACCGUCACCGCCUCUCAGGCCAGUGCCCAAACCGUCGGCGGCGUCACUGACGCGGGGGAGGACUACUCGGGGAUGGACGGCGGUGUCUGUGUGGUGACAGCCACUGGCAGCAACAGCACCACCAAGAGGACUGCCACUUUCGCGGCCAUCCGACCCCGGCCGUGGCCAGAGUUGGUCUACGAGUCCUCCUAUGCAGAGGUGGUCAUCGGUGAGCAGCUGCCGCCUUUGAAGCUGCAGACGCCCAAAGGAUACGAAGAAGGCAGAGGGGGACUCAAGCCGACCUCCUUCGUGAUCUCCUGCACAGUUGGAGAUCCGAUAUGGUCCUACGACCGCAAUUGGGGUGUGGGCCUGUUGCAGAAUCAUCAGAUUCUCGAAGUUGCACCUGACGGGAGCAUCGCUCUCGCGCCCGGCGAGAGCAUGGCCCAGAUGUUCGAUGAGAUACCGGCCUACCAGGCCCAUCGAAAGAAUUUUCAAAUGCGCUGUGGAGUGUACGGUCUUUUCCCCGGGACGGACUUCCAACCAAUCUUCACUCAGAUGAUCUUCAAUGUGAAGGACAGCAAGUGCUGGGUAAAGGAGCAGAUCGUCGGCGAAGUCAUCUGGGAGGAGCAUACCACUGAAGAGACGCACUGUCGACAGUUCUGCCGUCUAUCGAAGGUCUGCUCUCAUUUCACCUUUGCUGAUGACACCUGCAAGCACUACCGAAUCAACAACGUGGACGGGACAUCGGUAAUGACCUAUGCCAAGGUCACAGACUGCACGGACCUUUCAACCUGCAUCCGGUUGAAGCAUCCUGAAUGGGUUGUUGCCGGCGACUACUGUCCCGUGGAGUACGACAUCCGCCGUGGAGGCCCUGUGUAUCGGAAGGACAGCUUGAUCCCACAGGAGGUGAUGUAUCUCGCCAGUGUGCCGAGUGGUUCCACGGCUCAGUGUGCGACAGGAAGCUGGCUGGUGCAAAGGGCGAGACCCGAGGCGGAUUACGUGGACACAAAGCUGGGCUACUUCGAGUUGGCUGGUGAAGAGAUGCUCUGCCUGGAGCCAGGGGUUCCCAGCGCGAAGAACACCACAGACACCACCGGCCAGGACUUCACCAUCUCGCUGGACUGGGCCACCUUAGCAUGUCCACAGCCACUAACCCACGAAGUGGAAGAUGAUGUGCUUCAUCCUCUCGUCUUCGACGAUCCGACGACGCUCCAACCGGACGACUACUGGCUGCACCCCUGCGACUGCGUUCCACCUGGCUGGGGGUUGGGCUUUCCUGCAAAUGCUCUAGUUGCAGAGGGCCUUCCUCCUGCGAGCGAUGGUGCCUUCAUUCCGCCGCCGUUGCUUAUUGUUCAAGGCCAGUUCGCAUGCCCCUCCAGGCAGCUCCUUCCGGGGAAGAGGGGCAUCUACUUCGAGACAGAGGCCGAGGCCUUCGAGAAAGCAGACUGCCAGGAGCGGUGCAAAGACUUCGUGGACUGUGCCUUCUACUGGACCGGCACCUCGCAUGGAGCUCAAACAUGCCGGCUCUUCAACGGAUGCGACAGCUUGGUACGGGAGUUCGGCAUCGAUGGCGAUCUCUACGCCCUGCCCUCGAACGCGAGCUGCCUGGUGGCGAAUCCGGAGCACUGCUGGAAGACGACGAUGCGGAGGCAGUUCCUGACUCAGACCCAGAGCGUAUCGCCAAGCUUCACGCUCUCUACCGGCCUCUUCAACCAAGGAGGCUUAGCCGACUUCCAGGGCAAUGCCUCCCGAUUGUUGAACCGCGAGGACACCUACGAGGAGAAAAUGGGAGAGAUGUCCACCGUGAAGCUGCUGGGAUGGACCGAGAUCUUCAAGCCCUUCGGGUAUGUGAGAGCCAUUGGAGGUCUUGCGAGCGCAACAGUGCAGGGUCUGAACCCAAACCAGGAGUACGAGUGGAGUCUUCUCACCCGCAGCAACCAGAGGCAGGUGAACCAUGGCCCGCAGAUGACCCUGUCUCAGAAGGAGUCUUCUCAAGCAACGGCGAUGAAGCAAGGGAAGUCCACCUCAACUCCUCGAGGAGAGAUGGUCUUCGAUUUCGAAGCCAGCGAGUUUUCCUUGGCGCCGCAGGCUCUGAGAGCGGAGAGCAGCCACGGAUCUUCGAAGCGGGACAUCAUCCAGCAUCGCUUCCCAGAGCUGCCCUUCGGGCACGACAAUGACUCAUUGCUCGUGCUAUGCAGACGCGGGUAUCUGCGCCGGAGCGAAGAUGGAGCCGGCGUCGAAUCCCAGAACAUGCAGAGCCUACGGGAGCCGGGAGGUCAGCGGAUGGUCCUCCACGGGCGUGUCGGUGCGAGCUCACGUGCGCUGCAUGAAGAUGGAGCGCCUCGGGAAAAGACUGGCCAGAGGCAGCUGGGACAAAGCCGUGUGACCUCACGUGUUUCUGCGGUCUCCGAGGUACGUCCGCAAUCUCCAGGUCGUCACAUCCAGCGGUGCCAGCUACAGCUCCUCGGAUGCAGUGCUUGCAGAUACGCGAAAUCCCGCAGAGCAGAAGGCGACAAGCAAGGAAAGCAAGUCACGAAGCUGAAAGCAGAACUGGACCACCGCGAAGUACCGAGGAAGACGAGUAAUCCAAGUAACUGA